UACAAAUCUGUCCCGAUGGCUGAACAGCUGUUAACACAAACCACGAUGUGUCCAUCUUAUUCCCACAGCGAUGUUUACCUGUCAUCGCGGGACCGACAGAUCCUGGACUGGCACUUUGCCAACUUGGAAUUUGCCAACGCAACACCUCUCUCCACCCUCUCUCUUAAGCACUGGGAUCAGGACGAUGACUUUGAGUUCACCGGCAGCCACCUGACCGUAAGGAACGGUUACUCGUGCGUGCCGGUGGCUCUGGCUGAAGGUUUGGACAUCAAACUAAACACAGCGGUGAGACAGGUCCGCUACACGGCAUCAGGCUGCGAGGUGAUCGCAGUCAACACUCGCUCCACGACGCAGACCUUCAUAUACAAGUGUGAUGCUGUACUGUGCACUCUACCUCUGGGAGUUUUGAAGCAGCCUCCUGCCGUGCAGUUUGUUCCUCCUCUGCCCGAGUGGAAGGCCGCCAUCCAGAGGAUGGGCUUCGGCAACCUCAACAAGGUCAUAAUUUGUUUUGACCGUGUGUUCUGGGAUCCCAGCGUCAACCUCUUUGGUCAUGUCGGCUCCACCACAGCAAGUCGCGGUGAACUCUUCCUUUUCUGGAACCUCUACAAAGCACCAAUCCUGCUCGCGCUGAUGGCUGGCGAGGCGGCUGGCAUCAUGGAGAACAUCAGUGAUGACGUUAUCGUGGGGCGAUGCCUCGCCAUUCUCAAAGGAAUAUUUGGAAGCAGCGCCGUGCCGCAGCCAAAGGAAACAGUGGUAACUCGGUGGCGUGCCGAUCCGUGGGCACGGGGCUCCUAUUCGUACGUUGCUGCUGGUUCUUCAGGUAACGACUAUGACCUCAUGGCACAACCCAUCACGCCCGGCCCCGCCAUACCGGGAGCCUCACAGCCUGUCCCUCGUCUGUUCUUCUCUGGAGAGCAUACCAUCAGGAAUUACCCCGCUACCGUUCACGGUGCCCUGCUCAGCGGGCUCCGCGAGGCGGGACGCAUCGCAGAUCAGUUCCUGGGUGCCAUGUACACACUCCCCCGACAGGCCACACCCACAGCCGCCAGCAACCCUCCACAGGCCCAGCCCACUCCCAGUGUCUGAAAAAAAACAACAAGAAAAAAGACACCUCAGCCCGUUUGAGGAAAACCCGAAUGUUUACCCCACACACUGCCCACAUUUGGGUGUGGAACACAGAAGGACUUCGCCUUUACUGGAGCUGAGACGCUGCAGUCUGAUUUUUCCAGCUGAACGUGGGAGUAGGAUUCAGUCAGUGGGAGAGCUGUUUACUUCUGUUUACUCACAAGUACGCUGUUCCAGUAAAACGGGAGAUGAUACCGUACACCAAAAAAAAAAAAAAAAAAAAUCUCUGCCUUCUACACAGGCUGAGCUCUGCAGGAAAAAAAAAAGGAAUCACUAACUUAUUUACUAAUGUAAUCAUUUGGCUUCAUAAAUGGUUUUCAGGCCUUCAAGCAGAAAUGUUGGCGUUACUUUGAUACUUGCAGUGAUCCAGUGUGUUUGGUACCACGUGGAGUGUUUACACAACCCACCGGAUAUUUAUGUGCCCCCGAAUGAACAUUAAAGAACGACUGGAAAAUUCUACAGAUACACAAUGUAGAUCCAUAUCACGCACGGCGCUGGGGCAACCGCACACAGAG